AUAAUUAUUUUAUUUUUGGUAAAUACCUUAAACAUCUUUGUUCUUAAGAAAAAAGCCAUCAUCUUCAUUCAUCUCAGCGGUAUUCAAUAUUCAAGCUUUCGGUUUGCGAACGCCGAACAUCUGCUCACCUCACUAGGAACAAUUUUAGCCUCAACCAGUAAUCCCCGGAUGAUAAUUCAAUCCGCUGACCUCUUACGGAAUGCCCACAAACUGUUCGUGAUAUUUCCCAAACGGAAAUUUUCAGCCAGAACCUCAAUUUACAAUGUAACUCAGGAACCACAUUCUCAAGGCCCAGCCCGCGUCCCGUUUGGAAUUGAAAACGAUGAUGUGGUGUCAUGGACAUGGACAAUCUCAGAUUUUGUAAAGAAGAACCAGCCACAAAAGGCCAUUGGUCUAUUCAAAAGAAUGCUUAUGAGUAAUCAAAGGCCGAACUAUGUCACAGUUCUCAGCUCCAUUCAAGCAUCUUCUUCUAUGGGUUCGGAAAUGCUGGGGAUGGAGAUUCACUCUUUUGCUGUAAAAAUGGGAUUUGAAUCAGAAACACCGAUUAUUACAGCACUUCUUGGUUUUUAUUCUGUUUGGGACAUGGGAUCUGCAUUUAAGCUGUUUCUACUGGCACCAGAGAAAGAUGUUAUUUUGUGGAGUGCAACGAUAUCUGCUUUUGUGAAGGCUGGAGAGUAUAUCAUGGCCAUUGAUCUUUUUAAAGAAAUGCAAUUGUGUGGGGUUGAACCAAACUAUGUUAGCAUUUUGAGUGUCAUACCUGCUUGUGCCAACCUUUCUGAUUUGAGAAGUGGGAGAGAGCUACAUGGGCUUUCCAUCAAAAGGUCAUUUAUCUCUCAUCUUAAUGUUCAGAAUUCACUCUUGGAUAUGUAUGCUAAGUGUGGGAGCUUAAAUGAGUCUAUUAGCAUUUUUGAAAAUAUAGAAAGGAAGGAUCUUGUUUCGUGGAAAAAUAUUAUUACUGGGUGCAUUAAUAAUGACUGUCCAAGAGUAGCCUUGAACUAUUUCCAAGCAAUGCAGAUAUAUUGCUUCGAGAUGGAUGAGAGAAUCAUACGGGAGGUAAUUGGAAUGUCUUCCAGAUUGGAUGAUACAAAAACUGGACAAGGAAUCCAUAGCUUUGCACUAAAAUCUGGAUUUUUGGAAUGUGUGUCUGUUGUCACUUCACUUCUUCAAAUGUAUGCUACCUCUGGUAAUAUUGAAUCAGCAAGGAGUUUAUUCGAUUCACUUGGGCAAAAAGAUAUCAUUGCUUGGAGUGCAAUGAUCUCAGCUUAUGCACAAACUUACUGCAAGCUUGCUCUUCAAUGGCAGCACAAGAUUUUGGAGAAGCUGUACAUGCACAGUCAUUGUGGCUUAGAAUAUGAGGCAUGGAACUGGUUCCAUGUGAUGGAAGAGAAGUAUGAUAUUACACCAAAACUUGCGCACUAUGCUUGUAUGGUGGAUAUGCUUAGUCGUCAAGGGAAUGUAGAACAAGCUCUUGAGUUUGUGAAUAAAAUGCCCAUCGAGCCAGAUAAGCGGAUAUGGGGAGCUGUGCUUGCUGGAUGUAGAAAAACUCAUGGAUCAACCCUCCCAUCGCCACCGCCCUCCACGAUGCCCACCGCUUCUCUCACUGCUCCCUCUGCUUCUCUCAUCUCCCUUUCGCCCCAAAUUUCUCUACCCAUCAAGUCCCCGCCUCUUUCCUUUGUUACUGCUCCCCUCACGGCUCUUCCAUCGACUCUCCCAUCCACUUCUCUUCGCCACUCUCCUGCUAUCAUGGACACCUCCGGCCUCUGCCUCUCCCUCCGUCUCCUCCGCCGAUUCCAAAUUCUUUGUCUCGUUUCCGGAAACGACGGUGUUUUGGACAGGACCGGAGGUUUGAUGACCAACCACGAGGAAUUGUUGAUGAUGGUGGACACUCGUGAGGAUGUGGUCACCAAUGAGGUGUUCGAGAGAAUCAAAGAAGGCUCUAGAGCUAUGGCAUUUGCAAGGAGGAUGCUGAGCAAUCUGAAUUCGGAAUCUCCUUUGGCUGGAGACUGUGAUUUGGAGGAGGCUGUGCUAUGCUUUGUGCUAACUAACGCCGUGGAGGUGCAGGACAGUGCAGGGCGCAGCGUUGGAGUAGCUGUUUAUGGUCCAAGCUUCUCUUGGAACAACCAUGGCUGCUCUCCCAAUUGUUCCUGCAGGUUCUCAACAAUGCCCUGCUCCAUAUUUGCUUCGCCAUGGUGUAUACAUCCAAAGUACACAGAUGGUGAUGGUGGAAAUGGAAGUGAACAUAUCAACACUAGUUCUAAUUUCAAAUUCUUAUCGUCACUGGGGAGUGAGAAAGAAUGUGGCCCGAGAUUGUUUGUUCGCAGCAUAAAGGAUAUUAAGAAAGGAGAGGAGCUGCUAAUAACAUACACAGACUUGUUACAGCCUAAGGUAGUAAGGGGAUGAGACAAUCUGAACUGUGGUUAAGGUACCGAUUUUGUUGCUGUUGCGAUAGAUGUAAUGCUGAACAUAUGGGGAUCAUAUUUUGGAGGCGAUGAAGGAACUUUCUUUUAGGAAUCUUGAGUGUUCAGCCUUGACCACUAGUAGCAACUUUUCAUUGGGAUUUUACCGUGGAGAAGUUGGUUG